UGAAAAUAUUCACCGAAUAAUAAUUAAAUUACUUUAUAAUAUAAAUUGAGAGAACCUUUCAUCAUCAUUUUCUCUCUGAUGUGACCUCUGAACAUGCACAUGAAAGUUGUUGCGACCUCCGAGCUCGCCAAUAAUUAAUUCAAUGAUUUAUGAAAAAUUAUUCUUAAAUCUCAAUGAGACAAUACAAGUUUUUUUAAAUAUUCUUCAUACGGAAAAGAUAAAAAAAAAGUAAUAAAAAGAAUUAUAAAUUAGAGAUAUAAAAAGUUUUUUGGAUUGAUUAUUUAUGCUUUAGUCAGAAAGAGAAUUGAGUUUGUUAUGGUUGACCAACCCCAUACAUGUGCAACGCACGUGCAUUCGUUCUCUGUGAAACUCCUACCCCUGUCUCUUCUCUUCAGCCUUUUGUUUGUUCAGUUGUUGAACUCUCGUUUUCGGAUGAAGGAGCAAUUCCAGAAUAGUCGUUGACCCUGAAAGCAGAAAUCUUGGAGUACCAUCACAUCUUUAAACCAUUGAAGAACACGAAAAAUGCAUCAAGAACUGUAACACACCUUUUCUUUACCAUUUUUCCUUUCACUUUCUUUCUUUGUAAAACUUGAACUUCCUAUAUAUGGUAGAAGCAACAAUGCUGAAAGAACUGAUCCUGAAGAGGAAGUGAAUUUACAAGUGGGUCUCAAGCUUCUUUAAUGAUAUAGUAAACGAUACUGGUAAUGGAGGACUGCAACAGCAGCAAAGGAGAAGUUCAUGCAAAUUUUACAAAGCAGAAGAACUCUUCAGCAAGAUCAGGUAUCUGUUUGAAAUCUUCGUCAUCUGGAAGGUCAACUCCACAAAAUUCCCCUUCAUUUCAGAGACCACAUUCUACCUUAACACCAAGAAGAGAAAGCAAGGGUGUUGCACAGUGCUACGGCAGCAACCGGAUACUGUUAUGGCUGCUUCUGAUAACCCUUUGGGCUUAUCUUGGAUUUUUUGUACAGUCUAGGUGGGCACAUGAUGAAAAGGAGGAGGAAUUUUCAGGCUUUAGAAGCAGACAAAGGGAUGCAACAAAAUCCUAUGAUGAACUGAAUCAGCAUCAUGAUUUGAUUGCCAAAAACAUUUCCUUAUCUGUUAAAAUCGAACAAGUUGUGAACAAACCAAUAGAUGUGGCUUUGGCCAAGAAAGAAUAUGGUGUUCUACCUGAGGUUAAAGCUAGCACAAGGAAAAGAAGAAGGCGACCAAUGCAUGUUUUGAGAGGUAAGAGGAGGCGAAAACAUAAACUUGAGAGUGGUGGUUUGGAGGAGCUGGAGCCAGAGAUUCCCCCAAGGAAUUCCACCUAUGGAUUCCUUGUUGGUCCAUUUGGUUCGUUAGAGGAUAGAAUUCUGCAGUGGAGUCCUCAGGGGCGUUAUGAAACCUGUAACACCAAAGGGAAAUUUGCGCGCCUUGUUUGGUCAAGAAGGUUUGUUCUGAUAUUUCAUGAGCUUUCCAUGACUGGAGCUCCACUUUCAAUGAUGGAGUUGGCAACUGAACUCUUGAGUUGUGAGGCUUCUGUUCAUGCUGUGGUGCUUAGCAGGAAGGGUGGUUUGAUGCAAGAACUUGCUAGGAGACAAAUCAAGGUGCUUGAUGACAAAGCAUAUCACAGCUUCAAAACUGCAGCCAAGGCAGAUCUUGUCAUUGCUGGAUCAGCUGUCUGUGCAUCAUGGAUUGAACAAUACAUUGAACAUUUUCCCGUUGGAGCAAGUAAAGUUGCUUGGUGGAUUAUGGAAAACAGAAGAGAGUAUUUUGAUCGUGCAAAGGAUAUGCUGCAGAGAGUGAAAAUAUUGAUUUUUCUCUCUCAAGCACAAUCUAAGCAAUGGCAAAAAUGGUGUGAAGAAGAAAGCAUAAAAUUGAGAUUACAGCCAGCACUUGUUCCAUUGUCUGUCAAUGAUGAACUAGCUUUUGUAGCAGGCAUUCCCUCUACACACAAUAAUGCAUCCUUCAGUGCUGCAAAAAUGGAUGAGAGAAGAAAGUUGUUGAGAGAUUCAGUUCGAAGAGAAAUGGGAUUGAAUGAUAAUGAUAUGCUUGUUAUGAGUCUGAGUAGCAUCAACCGUGGGAAGGGUCAGCUAUUUCUUCUUGAAUCCGCAAGAACAAUUGUAGAAGAUGAACCAUUGCACCAUGAUAAUAAGAAAAUGCCAGUGUCAUUUAAUGAUGGGGAACACCAUGAUAAUAGUAGUGUAGCCUUCAACAAUAUCUCAAGCACAUUUACAAAAAGCAAGGAAGUGUUGUCCAACAACAAUGCAACAACUGCACAAUCUCUCAAAAUUCUCAUUGGUUCUGUCGGAUCUAAGAGCAACAAAGUGGAUUAUGUUAAGGGUCUGCUAAGAUUUUUAGCACACCAUUCAAACUUGUCAAAGUCAGUUCUGUGGACCUCAGCCACUACACGUGUUGCCUCACUUUACUCUGCUGCAGAUGUUUAUGUCAUAAACUCUCAGGGAUUGGGAGAAACAUUUGGAAGGGUGACUAUAGAAGCAAUGGCAUUUGGUCUUCCGGUGCUUGGAACAGAUGCUGGAGGAACGCAAGAAAUUGUUGAACAUAAUGUGACAGGUCUCCUUCAUCCUAUUGGUCGCACAGGGAACCAUGUUCUUGCAGAGCAUCUCCGGUUUUUACUUGAAAACAGCUUUGCAAGAGAGAAAAUGGGGAUAGAAGGAAGAAAAAAGGUGCAGAGGAUGUUCUUGAAACAGAACAUGUAUGAGAAAUUUGCAGAGGUUCUUGACAUGUGCAUGACAACCAAAUAACUGCUUACAUUCUUUCAUUGGAUUCAAUCACAUACAUGGUUGUCACUCAAAAUGAUAUUUCUUGUGCCCACUUACUAUCUUUCUUUUUUUUUCUUUUUUUCCUGAAAAACAAUAUUUUAACACA